AUGGUUGGCUUCAUCCAAUCCUCAAUCCAUCGCCGUCUCCUUGCUAACCCUCUCCAGGCGCAAGUCAUCUCCAACUCGGGUCACGAUGACAUGAUUCACGAUGCGGUCCUCGACUACUACGGCCGACGACUGGCGACAUGUUCCUCCGACAAGACGAUCAAAAUGUUUGAAAUCGACGGUGAUCAACACCGCCUGACGGAAACGCUCAAAGGGCAUGAAGGGGCCGUGUGGUGUGUGUCGUGGGCCCAUCCCAAAUACGGAACCAUCCUCGCCUCCUCCUCCUACGACGGCCGUAUCCUCAUCUGGCGCGAACAGAAUGGCGCCUGGCAGCGCAUCUACGAAUUUACCCUGCACACCGCUUCCGUCAACCUCGUCGCCUGGUCGCCUCCCGACACCGGCUGUCAUCUAGCCGCUGCGAGUAGCGAUGGCAAAGUCAGCGUCCUCAGCUUCGAAAACAACACCUUCUCCCACACCAUCUUCCCCGCUCAUGGAAGUGGUGUCAAUGCCGUGAGCUGGUCCCCCGCCAUCCUCCCCGGCCAACUCACUUCCGCCCAAGCUCCCGGUCAGACACCAUCCCCCGUCCGACGCUUCGUCACGGGAGGAAGUGACAAUUUGGUCAAGAUUUGGGAGUUCAACUCCACCACACAGAGCUAUGACAACGUCACCACCUUGCACGGUCACUCCGAUUGGGUGAGGGAUGUCGCGUGGUCGGCCACUCCCUUGUCCAAGUCCUACAUUGCCAGCGCAUCACAAGAUCACACCGUCAGGAUAUGGACGUUGGCGGCGGGUGGAAAUGUCGGCGAUGCGAAUGCGUGGAAGAGUGAGGAGUUGAACUUGGAUGUCGUGGUGUGGAGGGUGAGCUGGAGCAUGGCGGGAAAUGUCCUGGCCGUGUCGUGUGGAGAUAACCGGGUCAGCUUGUGGAAGGAGAAGCUCAAGGGUGGAUGGGAGGUGAUCAAGACGAUUGAAGAGUAA